CCAUCCUCUGGGCUCUAAGACCGAACUGAUCCAGUCCUUAUUUCAUUGCCGCUUCUCCCACGAUUACUUGCAAAGUACCAACGGACUCACCGGUCUCCCGAAUGAUAUGCAGAGGAAUAAGCGAGUUUGGGAUGAGUGCAGCUACUACAACCGAACUUUGUGUCAUGACCCGGAGUUUGUCGGCAACCUGUGCUCCAACUUUCCCAUCCAUUUAAUCAAAACGGUCCGGUUAAGAGUCAAGGAAUUAUCGGCGCUGAUAGAAAAUGAUCCUUUAAUAACCAAAGAAUGGAAAAUCAUUCAUUUGAUACGCGAUCCUCGCGGAAUCAUGGCUUCAAGAGCCGGCCUUGGUUGGUGUCAGGUCAAUCCAGCCUGCAACAACGUCAGUCGACUCUGCGCCGAGCUGGAAGACGAUGUGAAGUUGACAGAAGGUCUUGUAAAGCGGUAUCCGAAUCGGCAUUAUCUGUUGAAAUUCGAGGAUUUGACUAGCAACGUCGAGAUGGAGACGGACAAACUGUUUCGUUUCUUAGAAAUGCCUGUCACUGUCUCGACCAAAGCUUUUCUCGACAGUCACACCAAAUCAAACGACCAAAAAAUGAAGGAAGAUUUUCUUGACUUUGAGCACUCGACAAUUAGAAAAUCAGAUGCCGUGGCUAACGAGUGGAAAACAAAAAUGACCAAGAAAUACAUUGACAACAUAACAGAGAUCUGUGAACCCGUGUUGAAAAUGUUAAAACUAUUGUAGUACGCUAUAUAAUAACAUAUCCAUACCACCUAUGGUAAGUAACAGGAUAGUAAUAAUGACAUGUGAUAUAUAGACUUAUCUUUUAAUAAAAUACAUCAUUGAAUUGCAAA